CCUUGUCCAAUCACAUCAUGUUAUGACGACACGGACUUUAUAUUAGGGCAGUGUCGCACUAAUUUGACAUUCACUCUUUACUAGCUACAACAACAAUAACAACACUGAGAAUAUGGCGCCACUAGUCAACAUUUGAGAUUUUAUAUAGGUAGAAAGACAUACUUCUGGUGAAAAUGAAGUAUUUUCGUACAGUACGACAACUGACGACGGAGAGUAAUCUAUUUGUUUUAGACGAGGAAUAUCAGAACACGUGAGGAUAAUUCCUAGAAUCAUCGACAUGGCUCAAGAAAAAAUGGCAUCAAGUGUUGGUUUUAGGAAGGGUUCUCAUCGGACUGCGAUGGAGAGGUUUGGCGAAGGGGGUAUGGCGCUUCUACCUUGGACCAAGCACGUACUGACCGUACUGUGGGAACAACUACGGGUGUUGGUCCAUGUCAUUUACUACAGCUUCUUGGCAGGUAAUUUGAUGCAACAGAAACCUCACUGUUCAUUUUGUAUGUGUGGGAAAUGUGGCCCCGGUCGGACUGCUAACUUGUGUUUUGUCCUGAUACCAUAAAACAGACGACCGUAACACAGGGUUUCUAAACCCUACUGUACUUUCUUUGGGAACAUUGGGUGGGUUCUUAAAUUCACUCUGGAGUUCCAGAGUGACCUCUGGUCGUUCGUAAAUUCAGAACGUUGUCAAAUUGUCCGUUCGUAAAUUCAGAGCGUUGUCAGAUUGUCCGUUCGUAAAUUCAGAGCGUUGUCAAAUUGUCCGUUCGUAAAUUCAGAGCGUUGUCAGAUUGUCCGUUCGUAAAUGCAGAACGUUGUCAAAUUGUCCGUUCGUAAAUGCAGAACGUUGUCAAAUUGUCCGUUCGUAAAUGCAGAACGUUGUCAAAUUGUCCGUUCGUAAAUGCAGAACGUUGUCAGAUUGUCCGUUGGUAAAUUCAGAACGUUUCGCUCUCGGAGCGUUCAGAACGCACACUGGACGCUCUGGCGGAGGAGUAGGGUUGAUCCGAGAGUUCUGGUCUCACAACUGCAGUCAAGCACCCAAGCUAACUGGCUAAAGUUAGCUAGCUUGCUAGCUACUUCCAGACAUAAAUGAGAGAACACCUCACUGACCAUUUUACUUGCCCAAGCAGAGCUGGUUAGGCUGUUUUCGUGUUAUCCAGAGCGUUGGUUACUGUGAUGCUGGCAACAAUUUAAUUAAGCCUUUUUGCCGAUGUUUACUGACACCAGCCAUAUUCAACGGGUGUUGAGCGUUCGUAAAUUCAAAGUUAUUCUCCGCUCUGGGACACUCAGACGAGAGUGCUCUGAAAUCGGAGGAGAUAGCCAGAGCGAAUUUACAAACGCACCCAAUAUAUCGGUAGUUUACGUAACUUAUUUUAGAACACUGGCAGAAUGUACUAGUGACGUUACAAAGUAACAAAUGCCGGAUAUUGAACUACUGUUGCCAUAAUAUUGUCAACAAAUAUAUUUUUGUUAAUUGUUAAAUCCAUACAGUCUGGUUUAAUCAGGCAAAAGAGGACAUUUUGGGAGAAUUUGAUAUUGAGCCAAAUCUUUUUGUUUGAUUAUUUUAACAGUUUUCCAAAUGUUCCGGUUUGAAGUCCACCUGAGAAUCACGGACGAAACUGGUCAACACGUCCAGCACAUGACUACUGCAGCAAAUCAAGCCGACUCCUUUCUCUUCUCCUCAUUGUUUGACAGUGACGAAAGCGUCAUGCUUGCUGGCUCUAACACCCUAUCGAAUUUCUGCGGGGACGUGGGUGAUUCCUUCUCUGGGAAUUCCCACUCAGGGGCCCUUCUGUCCAGCCUACGGGCUGAGGAGCUGUGCUGCGGAUUGGUGGACGACUUUGUGUCCCGUGCCACGAUGGAUAGCGAAGAUGGACUGUGCCUUGGACAUCACCCCAGCUGGAAACUGGGCUUUCCAGGUGACUGGAACCUGUUUAUGAGCAGCACUGAAAGCAGCUCCAGCUCGGAUGAAAUGUGUUGCAAGGAGAAAGUGUUUGACUUCAAACCCAAACAUGACACCACCGAAGAUGAUAUGGAUCUUAGCUGGGGAAAGGAGGAUGACCGAAACAUGGGUGAGUUUGACAGCGAGGACAGUAAAGCACUUUGGGAAUCCUUGUCCAUCUCCAACGACCCCUACAACCCCUUCUCUUUCUCCGCCUGCAUUUCAAGCUGCUCCAAUAUGGGGGAAAUAAAAAAUGAAGAUUGUGUUGGGAGCAGCCUCGAUUGUAACCUAUCCAGCAGGCCUGGCGAAGAACUUCAAGAGACCUGCGGUGGCGUGAGCUUCUGGAGCAGCCGUUCAGAUAGCGAGAGCAGCUGGGGGAGUUCAGAUGGUUCGUGCGCAGACCUGGACAAAGAGGAGAGCGAGAGGCUCUGGGAGCUCUUCACCAGCCCCACCGACCCAUACAAUCCCCUGUGUUUCACGGCAUCUGUAGUCAGCUCAGUCCCUCACACAGAGAAAGCACUUACACACUCCCAGGAGGCUGAAAGGGCCUCAGUCAUGACCUCAUGUUCUUCUGACACAGAGAGGGAGAGCGUGGGCCCUUCCUCCUUUGAGGAUGACGAGGAGGAGCAGCUGUGGAGGUCCAUCUCCCAAAACGACGACCUUUACCACCCUCUGAACUUCCGUGCCUGCCUCCAGAGAUUCCCUAAAACCACAGAGCCACCUGCCUUCAGCACAAAAGACCCACUCACCCCACAGAGCUGCCCCACACAGACACCACCCGGCCAUGCUAAGCAGAGGGGGACCAAAAGCCCCCAAACAACCAGUCCUACAAAGCCUUGUCUACCCAAGAGACAGCUGAAGCAGCAUUGCCACCCAGUUACUACACUGGUGCCCUGGAGGAGACCAGAAGCUAAAGUAACACAGGAAGACAAGGACAAACAACCUCUAAAAAAGGUUAUUAUAGUUCUACAUCCCUCAGUCUAUAGUCCUAGUUCUAACGUUACCACCUUAAACAUGAUAUACUCCUAUCACAUCAUCCAUAUAAACAUACACAACCAAACAUGGACUAUUUAUAUCUCAAAUUGACAUAUUAGCUAAACAUGAACACACAAGAAAUCCAGUUCACACUACUUGAAUAUUAGGAACUGAAUAUUAGGAUGGGAGAACCACUUAUUUACUCAGAAAUACUUGGUAUUAACAACCAAUGUAUGUGAUAAAAAAAUAAAUAGGUCAUGUCACUUGUAGUUUAUGGUGAGGUCAGUCAACAUGACUAUUGCCUCAUAAGCUCGCACUAAGUGUGAUUACCCAAGCCCUUGUUUAUGGUUGAUUAGCAACAACAGGUUGUUAUGACUAACCCCGUCAUGUGAUACGAGUCAGCAGAGACUUCAGUUCCAGUUAAUUGGUGUUGUGCAAGUCUCUCUGCCAACACUGCAGUCACCUGCUCUUGGUAACAUACUGGAUUAGAAUGUUUCAGAUGGAACUAAAACUGUCCGUUGUGUUAAAUUCUACACUACAAUAAUGUGAGAUUGAAGACGACCUUAUCUGACUGACACGUGUGUACCUGUUGUGUUUUAGGUGCGGUUUUCACCACUUGUUCAGGUUCACGUGAUGCAUACUUGGCCCUUCGCUCGGCAGGCGUCUCGCAAAGGACCCUGGGAGGAGCUAGCCCGAGACAGAGGACGGUUCCGAAGGAGGAUCCAAGAAGCAGAGCAGGCCAUUGGCUACUGCUUCGGUCAAUCUCACAGAGAGAAGAUCUGGGCCAAUCUGCUAAGCAUUUCAACAUCAGCCACACCCCUGGUCCAUGAGCUCCGAACAUAAAUGUUUUUCCAUAAUUUUCUAUUGAACUUUUGACUGGUUGCAAUGCAACAUGUGUUUUUAGGUCAGUUAUAAGAAAGGUGGUCCUAGGCCAAUAGGAUUUGUCAUCAAAUUUUACCUGCACUGUACCUCAAAACACUCAACUGUGACUGUUGCACUGAUUUUAUAUUUAUUUUAUAUUUAUUAUAGUUAUUAACCUUGUAUUUAAUGUACUUUUGUAUGCCUUACUGACUGACCCAGCAAUGUAAUUUAUUCAUGCCCUAUGGAGCUUGUUUUUAUUGUAAAUGUUUUAAGUGUUUGAAUUGUAUCAGUUUUGAAAUCUUAAUCCAGAUAAGUGGUGUAUUUAGAACUAUAAUAAUAAUAAUAAUAAGCAGAUGGUAUUUGUGAUCAUACUGUAGUUCAUAAAUAAAACCUUGUUUCACAC